CCAAAUGAUAUCUAUGACACCGGUGCAGACGAAAUGUCAACUUUUUAAGUUUUUAUAUCGAUAUGUAAACAUUGAAGAUAACAACGUGUUUUGCUUGUAAACUGCCGUGAUAGUUCAAAAUCUAGACUGUUAUAAAAACAUGGCAGCCUAUAAAAUCCCAUCGCAAAUUAGGAGACUUGUUGCACUCAGAUCAAGCACACAUUUCCGCGAUGUGGUGCAGCUUUUAUCCGUCCCCACUCCAAAACCAGGUGAUGGAGAAGUUUUAAUCAAGAACAGGUUUUUAGGUGUAAAUGCAUCAGAUAUAAAUUUCACAGCAGGAAGAUAUGACCCUAAGGCCAAAUUUCCAAUAGAAACAGGAUUUGAGGCAGUGGGUGAGGUGGUAGUUGCUGGGCCCAAUGCAAUGUAUAAGCCAGGACAGGCAGUCAUGUACAUGGAGUAUGGGGCAUUUAGUGACUACAAGCUUAUGAAGGCCAAUAGAGUUGUUCCGUUACCUGCCUUGAAGGCCGAAUACCUACCCUUCAUUUUAAGUGGAAAUACUGCUGCCAUUGCAUUAGACAAGGUUGGUGAGAUCAAAGCUGGGGAGAAAGUCCUUGUGACAGCGGCUGCGGGCGGAACUGGACAGAUUGCAGUUCAGUGGGCUAAACUUGCUGGCUGUCAUGUGAUUGGAACUUGCUCCUCAGAUGAUAAAGUCCAGUUCCUUAAGGAUCUUGGUUGUGAUAGACCUGUCAAUUAUACAAAAGAAAAUCUUAGAGAAGUUCUGGAAAAAGAAUACCCAAAUGGAGUUGAUGUGGUGUAUGAGACAGUCGGUGGAGAGAUGUUUGACACCUGUAUUAAUAGUUUAGCUGUUCAUGGAAGGCUGAUUGUUAUUGGAUACAUAGAAGGUUACGAGUCAGACAAGGGUUACAAACCUUCCAGAACGCUCGCCACUUUACCAGCCAGGUUGUUACCGAAGUCUGCAAGUGUUCGAGGCUUCUUCUUGUUUCAUUAUGUGAAGGACUGGGGACCAUAUGUCAUGAAACAGGUUCAGCAUUUCAGUGAAGGAAAGCUGAAGAGUAUUGUUGACAAAGGGGAGAGAACUGCAUCAGGACCUUUCAUUGGUCUGGAGAAGGUGGCGGAUGCAGUGGAGUACCUGUACACAAAGAAGAGCAUCGGGAAGAUUGUUGUAGACCUGGAGGACACAAAGUCAAAGCUUUGAAAACCGAGCGUCGGAAGUAAUUAAUCAGACAUAUUUAAAGCUGGCUCAACACUAGCGGCAAAGGAUCUGUUUAAAACUCUGCUAAUGUUGAUGUUAAAGAAAAUCAUGUUGCAGAUUAACUGUUAUUGUUAAAGAAAUGUAUACUAAACAGCUUUGUUAAUGGACAUCUUUUUCACAAAAUCAAGUUUAUUAUGAAAUUAUUUUGUUGGGAAUAUUUUACUGUAAGGAAUAAAGUUUGCCCUGUAAAAGACUAGGUAAAACGGAAACAUAUGAGUUUAUUUCAUCAAGUUUUAUUUGCUAUUUCAGUUUUUACUGUUGCUAGACAUCAUUGUAGACUUGAUAGUAGGUUUUGCUAACAUUUCCGUUCUCAAAGAUAUUAUUGCAUAUGUUAUAUAAUUUAUGUUACCCAAAAAUCUUGUUUCGUUUUCAAUAAAGGUUCAAUCGC